AUGUCUUCGGAGCCUGUUCCCUCGGACUCCUCUUCCGAGAAACCCAAAUCUCCUAAGAGGCCUUACUCUCCCGAACCGCCCGUUCCUCUUGGCUCUUGGUGGCACCAGUAUUCUACCUCUGAGGAAGAGAAGGCGAACAAGGAGAUGAGGGAAAGGGAAGAGCGGAUGAAGCAGGCUAUAGCUUCUCAUUCUACCAAUGAUGAAGGCGAAUCCCUCGACCCCCAGCCCGAGGCUCCUCAGGCCCCUUCCCCUGUUUUUGUAAUGCGAGAGCAUGAAAGAUAUCCAUAUGCGAUCACUGUUCCCAUAGUUCCCGAGGGGUUUUCUCCAGAGGUUUCUGACAGUUGUUGGCCUGCACAGUUCAUUUCUUCCCGUGGAAACGAGUACUUCUGCGAGGUCGAUGAAGAGUAUUUGACCGAUCGGUUCAACCUUACUGGCUUGAAUACCGAGGUCGCGUACUACCAGUAUGCUUUGGAUCUUGUGACCGAUGUUUUCGACUUGGACGCGGACGACGACUUGCGCGAGCAAAUUGAGAAAUCCGCGCGUCACUUGUACGGACUCGUCCAUGCUCGCUACAUUAUCACCACUCGUGGUCUUUCCAAAAUGGUCGACAAGUACAAGAAGGGCGAUUUUGGCAAAUGCCCUCGUGUCGUGUGCGAGGGUCACCCUCUUCUUCCUAUGGGACAGCAUGACUUUCCCCACACCAGCACCGUCCGUCUUUACUGCGCAAAAUGCGAAGACAUCUACAACCCCAAGUCCUCGCGUCACGCUCAAAUCGAUGGUGCCUAUUUCGGAACCACGUUCCACAGCAUGCUUUUCCAGGUGUAUCCUGCCCUGAUUCCGGAGAAGAGCAUCCGCCGUUACGAGCCCCGCAUCUACGGAUUCCGCGUUCACGCUAGUGCUGCACUUGCUCGCUGGCAGGAUCAAUAUCGUGAAGAGACUAAGGCGCGUCUUCGCGAGGCGGGCACCGAGGUGAAAUACAUCGAGGACACCGAGGAAGAUGAUUUGGAGGACGACGACGAUGAAGUUGACGAGCCUGGUUUUGAUGGCAAGGAAGAGAAGACUGUCGGCGACGCCGCUUCCGGACGCAUGGACAUUGGCAACUAA